AUAUUUAAAUAAGCAAUGUACAAAAAUGUUCUAAAAGGAGGUAUUCGAACAGCAAAGCAGGCCUGGAAAUUGAAAAACGAGCUCGGCAAAUUAAAUUUGGAUUUAGCUAAAGCAAAUUCUGAUUUCGAACAGCAUUUAUGUGAAGUUAAACCAUCCCAAAGCUGUUUCCCAACACACACAAACUCACCCACAACCGCUUUUACUAACGCCCCGCCGAAACGCCUUCGCCUCUGCCUGAACCAUUGCCACAUUGAUAAGCAUUUUGCGUAUCUACGUGCAGAGUCUUGCCACCUCAAUACUCUGGUAUCAUCAAAGCAGUUUGUUAAAGUGCAAAAACAGUUUUAUCGCGACUACUCGGCCGUAUCGUUGGGCGCACCACUCAAGUCGACGGACGCACCGCUAUUGGCAGAUCUCUGCAGCAAGUAUCGUGCAAUUUUAGAACACACCUCAGCAGACGUAGUUGGAAUCGAAUCGAAAGCAGCAUCGGGAUUAGGACAAUCUAGACAAAUUCACAACUGUUGUAGUCGUCGCCAUAACCAAACAAACGGCUACAAUAUGGCACAAAGCAAGGCGGAAUUUCAACGUUUGCCCAACAAUGUGGUGCCCAAGCAUUAUGAGCUUUUGCUCCAGCCCGACCUGAAGGCGUUCACUUUCACGGGGAAGACAAUCGUUCAAAUCACGGUCAACGAGCCGUCAACACGCAUUAUUCUAAAUGCCUUGGAUAUCACCAUCGACAGUGCCGAGUUUCAAUAUGAUUGCGAGAAGUUGAAGCCAAACUCUAUUAGCUACUCCAAAGACAAUGAAACGGCCACGCUGGAGUUCAUUGAGGAGAUACCCCCAUGUGCUGGUGUGCUUUAUAUGACCUUCACAGGCGAGCUGAAUGACAAGAUGAAGGGAUUCUAUCGCAGCAAGUACUUUACCGCCGCUGGCGAGGAGCGCUACGCCGGUGUCACCCAAUUUGAAGCUACAGAUGCACGUCGCUGUUUUCCUUGCUGGGAUGAGCCCGCCAUCAAGGCCACUUUUGAUAUAACCCUAGUAGUGCCUAAGGAUCGUGUAGCACUCUCCAACAUGCCGGUCAUGAAGGAGGAUGAACUGCCCGGAGAUAUGCGCCGCGUGCGCUUUGAUCGUACGCCCAUUAUGUCGACCUAUUUGGUGGCAGUCGUUGUUGGUGAAUACGACUAUGUGGAGGGCAAGUCCACGGAUGGCGUCAUUGUGCGCGUCUUCACGCCCGUGGGCAAGAAGGAACAGGGACAGUUUGCCCUCGAAGUUGCAACCAAAGUGCUGCCAUACUAUAAAAGCUACUUCAACAUUGCCUAUCCGUUGCCUAAGAUGGAUCUCAUUGCCAUCUCCGACUUCUCCGCCGGAGCUAUGGAGAACUGGGGUCUCGUCACGUAUCGUGAGACUUUUGUGCUCGUCGAUCCCAAGAAUACUUCUCUCAUGCGCAAGCAGUCGAUUGCCCUAACAGUGGGCCAUGAGAUCGCCCAUCAGUGGUUCGGUAAUUUGGUGACCAUGGAAUGGUGGACACACUUGUGGCUGAACGAAGGCUACGCAUCGUUUGUCGAAUUCCUUUGCGUGCAUCAUCUGUUCCCGGAGUACGACAUUUGGACGCAGUUUGUCACGGAUAUGUACACACGUGCCUUAGAGCUGGACUCGCUGAAGAAUUCGCAUCCCAUCGAAGUGCCUGUGGGGCAUCCCUCGGAGAUCGAUGAGAUCUUUGACGAAAUUAGCUACAACAAGGGCGCAUCGGUCAUCCGUAUGCUGCACGAUUACAUUGGCGAAGAUGAUUUCCGCAAGGGCAUGAAUCUGUACUUAACGCGUCAUCAGUACAAGAACACAUGCACCGAGGAUCUGUGGGAGGCUCUGCAGGAGGCGAGUUCUAAGAAUGUGGCAGCGGUUAUGUCCAGCUGGACGCAGUACAAGGGAUUCCCCGUCGUGAGCGUUGAGUCCGAGCAGAAGAAUGAAACUCAGCGCAUUCUGCGCCUGAAGCAGAGCAAAUUCACCGCCGAUGGCUCAAAGGCGGACGAGGACUGCCUGUGGGUGGUGCCCAUUUCGGUGUCCACAUCGCGUAAUCCCACUCAAAUCGCCAAGACAUUUUUGCUUGAAAAGAGCAGCAUGGAAGUUGUGCUGGACGGUGUGAGCGCCGAUGAUUGGAUUAAAAUCAAUCCCGGUACUGUGGGAUACUACCGCACACGCUACUCCCAGGAUAUGCUGGAGAAACUCUUGCCGGCCGUCGAGAACAUGGAGUUGCCUCCUUUGGACAGAUUGGGACUAAUUGACGAUAUGUUUGCCAUGGUGCAGGCUGGCCAAGCACGCACCGACGAGGUGUUGCAGCUCGUUGGCUCCUAUCGCAACGAGACCAACUACACCGUCUGGACGGCUAUUUCCAAUUCACUGGCCAAUCUGCAUAUUCUCAUAUCGCACACAGACCUUAUGGAUGACUUCAACACCUUCGGACGCGCGUUAUACGAGCCUGUGGCUGCGCGUCUUGGCUGGGAGCCACGCGACAAUGAGAAUCAUUUGGACACUCUGCUGCGCAGUCUGGUGCUAACGCGCCUUGUCUCUUUCCGCAGUCCAGACAUCAUUGAAGAGGCGCGCAAGCGUUUCCAUAGUCAUGUCAAUGGCACGAAGCCUUUGCCUGCGGAUCUGCGUAGCACUUGCUAUAAGGCCGUGCUGCAGGAUGGCGAUGAGAAAAUAUUCGAGGAGAUGCUCUCACUCUAUCGCACGACAGAUCUGCACGAGGAGCAGGAUCGCAUUUCUCGUGCCCUUGGCUGCAUUGGCGAUGUCAAGCUGCUGCGCCGUGUUAUUGAUUUUGCCAUGUCUGGUGAGGUGCGUGCCCAGGACUCUGUGUUUGUUAUUGUGGCUGUAGCAGUGAAUCCCAAAGGACGCGAUAUGGCUUGGGAAUUCUUCAAGGAAAACAACAAGCAACUGCUGGAGCAGUACCAGGGCGGCUUUUUGCUAACGCGUCUGAUUAAAUAUUUGAUUGAGAACUUUGCCUCGGAGGAGAGAGCUCGCGAAGUGGAGGAGUUCUUCAAGUCAACUCAAAUACCCGGCUGUGAGCGCACUGUUAUGCAGGCCGUGGAGACAAUACGCCUUAAUGCCGCCUGGUUGGAUCGUGACAGCGAGGCGCUGUCGUCGUAUCUCAAACAUAUUUAGCGUGGCAAGGCGCAUACCAAAGCAUUUAACAACAACAAUAAGAAAUCGCAAACUUCAAAACACAAACAACAAACACAACACGACCAAAGCUGUCACAACACCCAUACUCUCUUAAAUGAGCCAAAUAGAUUAGCAUUAGGCAUUUCACGGCAUUUGGCAGCGUCAUCAACAGCAAGCUGAACUCAUUUUGCAUCAAUCAACAAAGGCAAAUGAGCACAUUUAACUUUUGCAAAUUACAUGUUGAGUUUAUAAAUAUAAAUAAACGCAAUUAUAAAUA